AUGUUAGUACCAAUUAGUCUCCAGGUUAUCGAAUCAUGCUCUUUUUUCAAUUACGAAAUAGGCAAAAAACUAUCAAUCUCCCCCAUUAAAAUCUUGUACAACAUAGGACCCAACGCAUGCUACAAAGAAUGCAAGGAACAUGGAAACUGUUUUUCCGUAAACUACAAUAUAAAAUUUUUUACCUGUGAAUUUCUACCAGUAGCACAAUGGCAAAAGUCAGGGAAAGUUAACGAGGAUAAGGAUUUCAUCUACAUGGAACAUCAUGGAAUACUUUACACAUAUAAUAAGACAUGCGGUGAUGAUGGUAAAACAUGCAACUACUUCUCAACAUGUAUCAGAACCUUGUACAGCAAUGUUUGCAUUGCAACAGAUUGUGCAGAGAAUGAACCCGUAUUGCAGAAUGGAAAAAUAAUUGAACGCAUUUACUCUCCCCAUUCCGCUAAAUAUGCAUGUCGGAGUGGGUUUUACGCAGUGGGUUCUGUCAGGAAGAUACUUUGCCUUCCAGGAGGCCGAUGGGAAUCUUUAUCCUAUAAAUGCAUGACCCCAAUCCAUGGAGGUUAUUCUUCGUGGGGGAGCUGGACAUCGUGUACAAAAUCUUGUGACUUUGGAACUCAGACAAGGAGCAGAUCGUGUAACAACCCCUCACCACAGUAUGGAGGGAAUGCCUGUCAAGGGAAUUCAACAGAAAUUGCGAAUUGUAACGAGUUCGAUUGUCCUAAGGUUACCCCAAAUACACCUUAA